AUGGCCAAAUAUCCCAAGGGUGCUAUCAUUCUAUUCCUCCGAGCACGUUUUCUGCUUGUUUCUGGAGAGAUCGACUCGUCCAUCUACUGCUUCAAUCGUUCCAUCGAGUCACAGAACGAGUAUAAGCAAUUCCAUCAUGUCGCCUAUUGGGAGCUAUUGUUCGCCCAUUGCUAUGUUGGAGAGUGGGUGAAAGCAGCUAACUAUGCGAAGAAGCUUUUAAACGAAUCGAGAUGGUCACGAUGUAUCUACACCUACCUUUUGUGCAUACUCUUUGCAGCAGACACUACGUGUGAGGAAUCAAAGCGAAAUGAAACCGUGGCGGCGUUGGCCAGAAAGAUCGACGGUUUGCGACAAAGAAUCGCUGGCAAGUCAAUUCCUCUGGAAAAGUACUGCACAAAGAAGGCAAAUCGCUUUGUCACCAAACAAACGCUGAUGUUCGCACAUUACGAAUUUAUGUACUUCUGGAACGGGUUCGACAUCGUCGCUGCAAACUCACAAAUAGUUCAAGGAAUUCUUGAAGAUCUUCAAAGGAUCUGGCAUGCAAGACAUUCAAAAGCAGAUGCUGAUGAUCGAGCCCUCUACUUCUUCCUUCGAGCAGUGUGCUUGCGGAUUCUUCACCAACCAACUGCAGCCGAAAAUAGUCUCCAUGAAGUGCUCAAACUAGAAUCAGAAACUAACGGCAUUUCACUUACUUGCCACCGAAUUCAGUGUUAA